AUGGCGGCUACCCAGGCUGAUGCGCCGGUGGUUGCUUUGAUCGGCAUGCGCGGUGCUGGAAAAACUACGCUGGGCCGAGAUGCUGCCAAAAUGCUUGGCUUUGACUUUGAUGAUUUGGACGAGGUCAUCACUCGUGCGGCUGGCGGAAAGCUUCCACCCCAAAUCGUAGCAGAGCAAGGCUGGGAGGCCUUCCGUGCCUUGGAGGCGGACUGCUUUCAGAAGGCGGCCUCGGGCAGCAAGGCCAAGAUCAUCGCCUGCGGCGGGGGUAUUAUCGAAACCUCUCGGGGCAUGGAUUUGAUGAGCAGCCAUCAUCCCGUGGUCUUGAUUGACCGGCCGAUCGAUGACAUAGUGAAAACCUUGGAGGGUGAUCCGUCCGCCCAAGUUCACAGAGCAUCUCUCGGGGAGCAUCCCAGGGACACCUACAAGCGCCGCCUUCCAAAAUAUGUGCAGGCCGCUGACUUCCGCUUUCCAGUGGCCCUAGGGGAGUCAGAUUUGCACUCCCUGACGUCCGCUUUUGCCCGCUUUGUCAGUUCUGCCGUGGGCUGCCUGUCUCCGGCUGUAGUGAGCGACUCCUUCUUCAUCACGCUCACCGCAGCUGACUACGGCGAGGUUUCUGCGGAGAUUCUCCGCUCAGCUGCCCGAGCUGCAGAUGUGCUGGAGUUCAGGGUCGACCUCCUCGGUUCGCUGGAUCAUGGCAACAUCGUGCACCAGGUGGCCCUCGUGCGUCGGAUCGCUCCCGGCACUCCUUUGCUGUACACUGUACGUUCCGUGGAUCACGGAGGGAAGUUCGCAGGGUCUGAGGAUGAGUAUUUUGAGCUGAACAUCCUAGGGCUUCAGCUUUGCGCUGAAUUCCUAGACGUGGAAUGUACGUGGAGUACUCCGAAGAUUGCAGCACUCGCGGCAAGAAAAGGUCCUACGAAGUUGGUCGGCUCAUACCACAACUUUGACAGGAUGCUCGAUCGGACUGAGCUGGCGGAUGUGUACAAGAAGUGCUUGCUCGAGGGCACAGCGGCCAUCGCGAAAGUAGUGGUGAAGCCACAAGUAAGGGAGGACAACUGGGCCGUGCAGGAAGCAGGGAAAGCUUCGGUCCCAGAUACAGCAGCGUUUAUUGGGCUCUGCCUUGGCGAGACUGGAAAGCUGUCCAGAGUGCUCAAUCAGGUUAUGUGCCCCUCUAUGCAUCCUGGGUUGACUCCAGGUGCUCCCGGGCAAAUGUCCGUGAAAGACAUUCUUUCCAUUAGAAGAUCCCUGAGCCUUUUCGGCACAUCUAGACAGUUCGCGGUUAUCAGCCCCUGGGAAAGUUCCUGCACAACAGAGUGCAGCAAAGUGUCUGGCUUUUACAGGGACAUGUUCAGCGCGUACUUCAGGCUAGCUGGAUUGCCUCAUGCUUGCAUCGUGGACUACGCAAGCACAGCCGAAGAGGCUUCUCGCUUGGCAUGCCUGGCAUCGACUGGUGGCACACUCCUUCUGGACGUCCUGUGUGGACACUAUUCUCCAGAAGUUGAGGAAGCGACAGGGCUAUGCCUAUCGACUUUGGCAAAAUCGUCCACCUAUGUCGACUGCAUCGCUGCUGGUGACACAAAGCCUGCGGGCCACAGCGUGAAGUCACAGGCGCUCGUAGACAAGCUGGAGACCAAGGCCCAGAAGAGGACGGUGCUUGUCCUCGGUUCGGGCCCAUCGAAGAAUGCCAUACUUGGAGGCCUUCGUGCUGCAGGCUUCGAGGAGACUCGUGUUUGCGACGUUACAGGCUCGAGCGGCGCUGCAUCCUCUGAGCUGUGGGAACCCAGCGAGGUUCGGAGCUGCAAGACUUUAGACGUCGUGGUGUCUCUCGAGUCAGAGUGGCCUGCUGACCUGCUCGACGAAACCUUCAAACCAGUUUUCCAGGCGUUGAAGCCAAAAGUGAUAGAUGCAUCUCCGCUCUUUCCAAAUGUGGCUCCAAAGUGGAUGGAAGUUGCAAAGGGUGCUGGCUGCGAAGCCGUGUGCUCGCAUGAGUUCGGGUUGAAAGAGGCUGAGAUUUGCUUGAAGACCUGGCUGGGUGAGGUCAACGAAAGUUGUGUGGCGAAGGCUCGCAGGGAGGUCAGGGAAUCUCAAACUUUCAUCAGGCUGGGGUAG